AUGGCCUCGUCCUCCUCACGUGCAAGGAGCAGCUCGCCAUAUUCGCAUCGCAAACCCUCCACUCCUCACUCCUCUUCCUCAUCCACUUCUUCCUUCACCAACGGACGCGUAAUGCCUCGUUCCUGUUCUUCUUCUUCAUCGUCAUUUUUCAACUCCAGUGGCGGCGGCGGUCCAUCCAUGACUCCGAGCCGCGGUCGCAGCGAAUCAAUAUGCUACGGUUAUGGUAAUCCUUCGCCGGUGGAGUUCGGAAUGGAGGACGAGGUGAUCAUGGAGACUGUGGAUCCCUCCAGGUCUCGGGAUAGCAUUUCGGUCACGAUUCGGUUUAGACCGUUGAGUGAAAGAGAGUACCAGAGAGGAGACGAGAUCACGUGGUAUGCGGAUGGUGAUACGAUUGUGAGGAACGAGUAUAAUCCAGCUACUGCUUAUGCAUUUGAUAGAGUGUUCGGACCGCAUACAAAUUCCGACGAGGUGUAUGAAGUAGCUGCCAAGCCUGUAGUGAAGUCUGCCAUGGAAGGUGUAAAUGGUAAGGACUCUGGAUUCAAGACUAUACAGCACAACGGGAAUGUGAUGCUUUUAGUAGUGUCUGAUUUAGUAGCAACUGCACAGUCAUUCCGUUUCUUUGAUGGAAGCUGCUUUAGAACUGUGUUUGCAUACGGUGUGACGAGUAGUGGUAAGACACAUACUAUGCAUGGAGACCAAAAUUGUCCUGGUAUCAUACCGCUGGCUAUCAAAGAUGUUUUCAGCAUCAUUCAAGAUACUUUUUUCUGCUUCGGUCAGGUGAUAAAUGACUUGCUUGACCCAACUGGCCAAAACUUGCGUGUUAGAGAAGAUGCACAGGGAACUUAUGUGGAGGGUAUAAAGGAAGAAGUUGUUUUGUCUCCUGGACAUGCCCUUUCCUUUAUUGCUGCUGGGGAAGAUCCCAUGGUUAAUUGUUGUUUUAUUAAUGAGGAUGUUGUUUACUGGCAGAGCAUCGUCAUGUUGGAUCAAAUAAUUUUAAUCUCUUCAGCAGCCGAAAACUUGAUCGAUCUUGCGGGAUCUGAGAGCUCAAAAACUGAAACUACUGGAUUAAGAAGAAAAGAAGGAUCUUACAUAAACAAAAGUCUUCUGACACUUGGAACAGUUAUUGGAAAAUUGAGUGAGGGGAAAGCAUCUCAUGUUCCAUAUCGUGACUCAAAGCUUACACGCCUCCUGCAGUCUUCACUUAGUGGGCAUGGCCACGUUUCACUUAUUUGCACUGUAACUCCAGCGUCCAGUAAUAUGGAAGAAACUCAUAAUACCUUGAAGUUUGCUAGCAGGGCCAAGCGAGUAGAAAUAUAUGCCUCACGUAAUAAGAUUAUUGACGAAAAAUCUCUUAUUAAGAAAUAUCAGAGAGAAAUUUCAGUCCUCAAACUAGAACUUGAUCAGCUUAAGAAGGGAAUGCAACUUGGUGUCAACCACGAGGAGAUUAUGAGCUUAAAACAAAAGUUGGAAGAAGGUCAAGUGAAAAUGCAGUCAAGAUUGGAAGAAGAGGAAGAGGCAAAGGUAGCUCUUAUGAGUCGGAUCCAGAAGCUAACAAAGCUCAUUCUGGUUUCGUCAAAAAAUGCAAUUCCGGGAUAUGUAACUGAAGCUACCAGUCACCAUCAGAGUCACUCUGUUGGCGAGGAUGAUAAUUAUGAUGCCCUUCGUGAUGGAUCUCUUUUGAUUGAAAAUGAGAGUCAAAAAGAUGUUUCCACUGUGUCAUCUGAUCUGUCUCAUGAUGUUAGACAUAUAAGAUCGUCAAGUAGACGGAAUGAAGAACUCUCCCCAACUAGCAGUAUCAUCACUGAAUCAAUACGACUACCAGCGGGAGGGAUGACAACGUCUGAUGAGAUGGAUCUUCUUGUCGAGCAAGUCAAAAUGCUUGCUGGAGAUAUUGCUUUCAGUACCAGCACUCUGAAACGCUUAAUGGAGCAGUCUGUAAACGAUCCUGAAAGCUCCAAAAUACAGAUUGAGAACUUGGAACAAGAUAUCCAAGAAAAGAGGAAGCAAAUGAGCAUUUUAGAGCAAAGAAUAAUUGAGAGUGGUGAAUCUUCCGUAGCUAAUACAUCUCUGGUUGAAAUGCAGCAGGUGGCUAUUUUGCUAUUGGGAUUGUUUGUGUGUGAUGAAAAGGCAUUUGAGCUGGAGAUAAAAUCUGCAGACAACCGCGUCCUUCAAGAACAGUUAGAUAAUAAGUGUUCUGAAAAUAGAGAAUUGCUGGAAAAGGUAAAGCUGCUUGAGCAGCAACUGGCAAUGGUUACUAGUACCUCGUUAAUGCUUGCUGACCAGUGUCCAUCUGGAGAACACAUUGAUGAGCUGAAAAGGAAAAUACAGUCACAGGAGAUUGAAAACGAAAAACUGAAGCUCGAACAAGUUCAAUUAUCAGAAGAGAAUAGUGGGUUGCAUGUGCAGAAUCAGAAGCUAUCUGAAGAAGCAUCUUAUGCCAAAGAACUGGCCUCUGCUGCUGCUGUGGAGUUGAAGAACUUAGCUGGGGAAGUUACCAAACUUUCAUUGCAGAAUGCAAAGUUGGAGAAGGAAUUGAUGGCUGCACGAGACCAGGCCAGCACUAGAAAUGCUGUUGGACAAACAGUUAAUGGCGUUAGCCGCAAGUACAAUGAUGCAAGAUCUGGGAGGAAGGGAAGAAUUUCUAGCCGUGCUAAUGAAAGUUUCGGAGUUGGUAUGGAUGAGUUCGAGUCAUGGAGUCUUGACGCUAAUGAUCUGAAGAUGGAACUGCAGGCUAGGAGACAGCGAGAGGCAGCUCUUGAGGCUGCAUUAUCUGAAAAGGAAUUUUUGGAAGACGAAUAUAGGAAAAAGGUUGAAGAGGCCAAAAGAAGAGAGGCCUCGUUGGAGAAUGAUUUAGCAAAUAUGUGGGUUCUUGUGGCUAAAUUAAAGAAAGAUGGGGGUGCCAUGCCAGAAUCAAACAUGGAUAUAAAAAAAUGUGAUGCGGAGGCACAUACAGAAUAUAUGAAAGUUAAUGACAUUGAAAGUAGUCUUCUUCCCAAGGACCAGAUUUUAGAUGUAUCAAUACCAGAAAAUGAAAUAACCAAUGAAGAACCUUUGGUUGUGCGUCUUAAGGCACGCAUGCAAGAGAUGAGGGAGAAAGAAUUCAAGCAUCUUGGCAAUGGAGAUACCAAUUCCCAUGUUUGUAAAGUAUGUUUUGAGUCGUCAACUGCAGCAAUUCUUCUUCCAUGCCGGCAUUUUUGUUUGUGUAAAUCUUGUUCACUUGCUUGUUCUGAAUGUCCAAUAUGCCGCACAUAUAUUGCAGAUAGGCUUUUUGCUUUUACUUCUUGA